UUUGAAUUUUAUGAAUACAUCUCAAUCACCUAUUAAUGAUAGUCGAAAUCAUAGUUCAUCUAAAAGAUAUAUAUCUCCCAAUGAGAGACGUAAUACUCAAGAAAAUCAAUAAGUAAACACAUUCUAAAUACAAUUCAGAAUCAUUCUAAAUUACCAACUACUUAAUAACUUAAAUCUAAAAUCAUUACUGUUGAUUAACCUGAUUUAGGUAGUGUUUUGGGUGAAGUUAAUAUCAACAAUACUAGUCAAAUUUCAAAUAUCACUUAAUUUGCUAAUUUCAUGUAUGUACCAUGUCCAACUCAUCCAGAAUUCUUCAUUACCAAUCUCUGUUAAGAUUAAGUAUACAAUUAUUUUAAUCUUUAUUAGAAUUGUAUUGAACCACUCUGUCCUGAAUGCAUCAAUGAACAUCUUUAAAUGCAUUCAUCAAAAGGAAGAGUCCCAAAAUUAGAAAAUAUUCAAAGAGUUAGAAAAGAUAACACUUAUAAAAUAAAUGAACUUUCUAAAUUACUAUAAUCUAAAUUACAAGACUCUAAAAAAUAUUUCUCAGAAUAACCAUCUAUCCUUUAUAAUAAUAAUCUUGAACAAUUGACAAUUAUACAUCAACAAAUCUCCAAUAUUGUUGAUGACUAUUUUGAAUCAUUGUACAAAAACUUAAAAGAAUUAAAUUAAGAUGAAUAUUUAAAAUAAUUAACUUAAAUAGAACAAGAUAUCCAUUAAUAAUAAAAUAAGCUAACCAAAUUAUAAGAGGAUUUAAACAAUGAUAAUUAUGUAAGAGCAAUCAUCUAAAUUUGUGAUGGCAAAUAAGAACUGUUUUCAGAUAAGAGUCUUACUUCUUUAGAGAGAUUAAUCUAAAAUUAUCAAUAAUCUUAAAUUAAAAUAGUUUUUGAUAAAAGUAAUAUUGAAUUAUUCUAAACUUAUUGUAAAAAAAUGUGUUAUUUUGUUAAGAAUACAUAAUAACAAAAUAAUAAACAAACAAUUGACUCUAAAGUGAGUAAGGUAUUUAAAUCUGAAAAUAACUAAUCAAGUCAAUCUACUAUAAAAUCAAAUCAUAUAUCUGAAAUACCUCUUCCUAUUGUGAAUCCGAUAACUUUGAUAUCUGAAACCCUUACAAAUGAUGAAGUCAAAUACCAAAUCAAUGAUUCAAAUCAUUUUGAAUAUGGUAAGCCCUAAGUUCUCGUAAGAUUAGAAGAAGGUGGUUAUGCUGCAUAUAUUUAUGAUAUUAAAUCUAAACAAUAUAGGAUUGAAACAAUAGAUAGUUAAACAAAGAUCCCUUUAUUUCAUAGAAUAUAUACAACUUCUGCUGGUUAACAUUUAGUUAUUGGUGGAGUUGAUAGAGACAAAUCAAGAUUCAAAGCUAUUGCUUCAGUUUAUGAAUUUAAUCAUACAAAUUUACAAUUAAAUUUACAUUCAGAAAUGGUUUUGCCAAGAUCAAUGACUUCUGCUUGUUAAAUAGAUAAUUUCUUGUUUGUUGUUGGUGGAUCAUCUACAAAUGAUGAAAACACAUCUAUAGCUAAAGCUGAGAAACUUGAUUUAAGUACAAAGAGAUGGUAAACAAUUGAAGAUCCUUAUUUUAAAUGUAGUGGAUGUGCAUUAGUGGCAGUUGAUUAAAAUACAUUAUUUAAAAUAGGAGGUAAAUGUGAUAUUUUUACUCCAUGCAAUUUCAUUGAAUCUUAUGAUAUUCAGAAAAAUUAAUGGGUAUUUAAAUUUAUACAAUUCAUUUUAGACUAAAAUAGAAUUUAAGUUCUUAUCUAAUGGAUAUUUGAGAUUACCUUUUAAUAGUUGUGCUAUUAGAAGUUCUUAUGAUUAGAUUCUCAUUUUAGGUGGAUCAGUUCAUGAUGUUAAAAGUAAUGAAACUUAGGUAUUUCAUCUCAUACUAUUAAAAGAUUCUUAACUUAAAGACUAAGACUUUAUAAAAGUCAAAAGAAUUACCGAAUUCCAUUGAAUUCAACACUUAAAGUGCUGUAGUAUAAUAAAAUAAUGUUUAUCUUUUAACAGAAAAUGAAUAACCUUUGUUAUUUGGUAAUUAAAAUGGAUUCAAAUAUCAAUGA